GGCUUUCGGUGGUGUUCGGCUCGUCUCGGCUCACAAGAGCUCCAUUUACAACAUACCCCUCCCCCCAAUUAUUAUACUCAAAAGUUUUUCAACCAACAUUACCGCUGCAAAUAAUUUCGACCGCCCGAGGGGUGCAACUGAAUUCUCCGCGAGUGAAUUUUCAAUUUGCAAUUUUUCCCUCGAUCCUCGAUGAGGAUGAAUAAUCGAUCUAUCGACCUGGUGAAUGUGUAGAUCACCGGUGUCCCCUCCUUCCCUCUCCUCCCUCCCUCCUCUCGCGAUCACUUGUUGGAAGAUUAUUUUUUUUUACCACUCGUGGAAUCAAAAGUGUUACUCCACGUGUUUUAUCGCCAGUACCGAGUGCUCAUGUCGUGAAAAUGGAAUGACCACUCGCACAAUUGUGCAAUUUUUGGUAUUUAUUGAGGCUGUGUGACCGUGAAAUUGUUGAAUCGCGUCAUGUCCGGUGAUUGCUCAGUUGUAAUGAGGAAUUUGUGAAUAGAUAACCGACAAAUGAUAGCGAGUGAUUAUUCGUGUUGUGGAAUGCAGGAAAAUUCAAAUCUGUUAGCGCGUCGAGACGCUCGUGUACACUUAGUUAAUUGACCUACAUACUCAAUUAUAAAUUACGAUCAAGAGUGAGACGAUUUACUCGUUGCUGUUUCAACAGAUUAAUGGGAGAUCGGGGGGGAUCGGUUGACCGGCCCAUGCAUUCCUAUCCAUUUAUUCUUCUUUUAUUAUUCAUUUUUAUUUGUUAUUAAUUGGAUGAAUUGAUGAGGGAAUUUGGAGGAAUCGGGAGGGAGUGAGUGCAAGGGCUGAGAUGGAGGGAGAUUUUGGUGGAGUUGGGGGGAUUGGUGAAUCGGGAAAAGUGAAUGUACCGAUGAGAUCGGUAAUAAUUAAAGGGAAUAAUGUCCGUAAAAUGAGUACAAUGACGGAAGAGGGAUCUGAGGAUGUGGAGAGGGAGGGGGUUAGUGACUCGAUCUCAAAUUCUGAUGACAGCGAUGACGAAGGGAUGGGGAGGGGUAGACUGUUGAGCUCCGGAAGUGGAAAAAUAGGGACGGAAUCGGUAAGUGGAUUGAAGAGAUCGAGCUCAAGCAGCGAGAGCAUUCGUGAGAAAACCGUCAAGCCAUGUCCAUCUACUUCAUCGGCACCGUAUCCUGGUGGGGUGCAACCCAUUGAUGGAAUCGAGGGAGCGAAAUUGUAUCGAGAUCACUCGGUACACGGGGGGAGAUUGAGUCGGGGAAUCGAACCUGGGGGUCGGUACAAGUACUCCAGCAUGAGGUCGUUGAAGUCCAGUGUUGGUGAUGAGCAUCAUCAUCUUCAGCUGCAGAAUGCGUAUCAGGCGCAGGCUGGGGGGUGGGCUUCUAUCGUUUUUCCUGAGGCACCUGGACAGGCCGCCAGACCUGUUGCCGGUUUUUCCGAUUCUGUCUCCAUCAGGUCGUUGGCGUCCAUCGGGAUGGGAUCCUCUGAUGGCAGGAAACUCACCAUCCGGAGGGUUCCAACGUCUCCGUCGGAGUUACUCAAUAUGGUACAUCCACCGACGCCAGUCGAUGACAUGUCAACCUGCGACAGUUACGAUGAUGGAGUCGAGGAGGACUCGAGGGACUAUCGCCAGCCAAAAAGGCCCCAUUGGGCCAAUAAAGUUCAAUUCGUAUUGGCAUGCAUCGGAUAUUCCGUGGGUCUUGGAAAUGUCUGGAGAUUUCCCUACCUCUGCUACAAGAGCGGUGGAGGUGUGUUCUUGGUGCCGUAUUUUCUGAUUCUAAUUGUUUGCGGAGUUCCUCUGCUGUACAUGGAACUUGCCAUUGGACAAUUUACGAGACGAGGGCCAAUCGGUGCUCUAGGUCAAAUAUGCCCCCUAUUCAAAGGUGCCGGCUUGUCUUCUGUGGUGAUAUCAUUCCUGAUGUCCACUUACCACAAUGUGAUAAUAGCCUACGCGAUAUAUUACUUUUUUACGGCAUUCAAGGCCGAUCAGCCGUGGUCAGGUUGUGACAACUCCUGGAACACUCCAGCCUGCUGGACCCUCGACUCCAGUCACAAUCGCAUUCGUCUCAACACUUCGAGAACACCAUCCGAGGAAUUUUUCGACAACAAGGUCCUGCAGAUAAGUUCAGGAAUUGAGGAGCCUGGAGUACUAAGAUGGGAGAUUGUCGCCUGUUUGGUGGCAGCGUGGGUGCUGGUGUACUUUUCCAUAUGGAAAUCGAUAAAGUCAUCUGCACAAGUCAGAUAUCUAACAGCUACACUGCCAUUUCUAUUGAUAUUCGUCUUUCUGACGCGCUCCCUCACCCUGGAGGGUGCGGAAAAGGGACUGCAAUUUUUUUUCCGACCCAGGUGGCAUUUACUGGCUGAUGCCAAGGUUUGGGUCAACGCAGCUGCGCAAAUAUUUAACUCCGUCGGAAUAGCAUUCGGAUCGAUGAUAUGUUUCGCUAGUUACAAUAAAUUUCAUAAUAAUAUUCUUGUUGAUACAGUGGCUGUGUCAUUGAUCAAUGCAUUCACUAGUCUUUUGGUCGGGAUAUUUGCAUUUGCCACAAUCGGAAAUAUUGCACAGGAGCAGAAUAUGUCGGUUGAAGCUGUCCUCACUGACGGUCCCGGUCUCGUGUUCGUCGUUUAUCCUCAGGCAAUGGCGAAAAUGCCAGCGUCACAAUUGUGGGCUGUUCUAUUUUUCUUCAUGCUCGUUUGUCUCUCCCUCAACAGCCAAUUCGCUAUUGUCGAGGUUGUGGUCACAUCCAUUCAAGAUGGCUUUCCAAACUGGGUGAAAAGUAAUCUUCUUUGUCACGAAAUGCUCGUUCUUAUUAUCUGCACUGUUUCCUUUCUGUUUGGUCUUCCUAACGUGUCGCAGGGUGGAAUAUUUUUUUUUCAACUGAUAGAUCAUUACGCAGCAUCAAUCUCAAUAAUGUUCCUCGCAUUUUUCGAAGUAAUCGCCAUCUCCUGGUUCUACGGUGUCCGAAGGCUCUCGAAUAACGUGAAAGAAAUGACUGGUAGAAUGCCUUCGCUAUAUUUCAGGUGGUGCUGGCUUGUGGCAGCUCCUCUCCUCAUAAUGGCAGUGUGGGUGUUUAGUCUAAUCGAUUACGAGCCACCUACAUACGGAAAUGGAGUGUAUAAGUAUCCCCUGUGGGCAGAAGCACUUGGAUGGGGAAUAGCAUCGCUAUCCCUCAUUUGCAUUCCAGCAUUCGCUGUCUACGUUCUCAUUCGCUCCGAUGGCAUCACUUUUCCUGAGAAACUUCGAAAUGCAGUUAGGCCUCACUUCGAGGCCUGCAAACUCUGCGGUGAGGAAUACUGCACUGAGCCACUCCACAGCAUGGAUGAGGACGUCCUCAAGGAGCCUCUCCACGAAAUGAAUAGUCUGAUUCACCCGAAUCCAGUGAAUUUCAUCCCAAUCAAAUCUCAAAUGUAAUCCACAAUACAUCAAAUAAAUUAUUUAAUCAUA